AUGUCGGAGGAUGGUGCCAAAGGAGUGCCUGGACUGGGUGGCUUUAAAGGACGGGUUGGCUUACCUGGGAAGGUGGGCGUUGCUGGGCCACCUGGAGCCCAAGGACCACAGGGAGAACCAGGAACACAGGGGGAAAGAGGUCAAAGAGGAAAGCAACAGCGGUGCCCUCGGGGACCCCCAGGGAUGCCGGGCGACAGAGGCGAAAUGGGAGAAAAAGGCCCAGCUGGUAGGAAAGGAGAUAAAGGAGACCCCGGACUUUCUGCGGAAGAAGUGAAGGCGAUCGUCAAGAGCGAGAUGGGGGACCAAGAAGGCG